CUGGGCCCAGCAGAGCCAUGGCCAGCACCCUCACCACGCUGUUCUACCUCGGACUGUCUCUGAGCCCUGGAAUCCAGGCCCAGCACGGUAGCUUUUACGGAGAGUCGGUCACGUUCUGGGCACUGUGUUGAGCCCAUCCCAUGCAACUGUCCUCCUUGGUUUGCUUUAUCCCAACGAGGUCCUCAGCACCGAGCGACAGAGUCUCCACCUUUAUACCUGCGAGUGUGCGAGGGAGUCCAGGACCAAGCGCUUUCCUGCGGGGAGCCUGGUCCUGGGAGACGGCGUCCAGGAGACGGCGUCCAGGAGACGGCCCAGGCUGUGGGUCUCUCCCCAAGCCCUCCAUCUGGGCGGUGCCAGGUCCGGUGGUCCCCCAGGGGAGCCCUGUGUCCAUCUUCUGCAGAGGUCCUCCUGGGGCAGCUCGGCAGCGUCUGCAGCAAGUGGGAGGCUCCCGCGUGUGGGCUGCAGAAGGCCCGGGAGACGCCCAGGCGGAGGCCGCGUUCUCCUUCCAGCGGGCCACGCCCGGCCACUCGGGGACGUAUGUCUGUCAGUACAAGACGCAGGACAGCUGGUCCGAGAGGAGUGACCCUCUGGAGCUGCUGGUCGUGGGUGUCUCCAAGGACAAACCUACCCUCUCGGUCCAGCCUGGCCCCAUGGUGGCUUUAGGAGGCAGCGUGACCCUUCACUGUCACUUACCAAGCGCCUAUGACGUGUUCCUUCUGUCCAAGGGAGCAGAACUGGCCUUGCCUGCAGGCUCCAUCCAAGGCUGCCAGGGAAAGUUCCUCUUAUCCCCUGCCACCCGGGCCCACGGGGGGACCUACAGAUGCUACGGCUCUGUCAACACCUCCCUCCACGGGUGGUCAGCUCCCAGCAACCUCCUGGAGCUGAUGGUCACAGGAGUGUACAAAAAGCCUCAGCUCUUGGCUGUUCAGGGCCCCUCUGGGGCACCCCAGCAUAUGACGACCCUGCAGUGCCGCUCAGAGAUGUGGUUCGACCUGUUCCUUCUGUCCCAGGAGGGCAGUGCCAACGCCACCCAGCGCCUCAGAUCUCAGUAUAAACGCGGGUUCUUCCAGGCCAACUUCACCCUGGACGCCAGCGAGCAGGCCCGCGGGGCCACCUACAGAUGCUACGGUUCUCUAAGCUCCUUCCCCUCGCUGUGGUCAGACCCCAGUGAGCCCCUGAGGCUCUCAGGACGAGGGUCUGCUGCCUGGAAUUCCUACAAGGUGAACAUGCUCAGGCUGAGCCUGGCUGGUGUCACCCUGCUGAUCCUGCUGGGGUUCCUGGUGGAGGCCUGGCUCAGCAGGAGGGACCCCCGGGGAGCAGUCGAGAGGCCCCCUGCAUUGCCAGACGGGGACAGAGUCCUGUGACGGUGACGCUGCGUGGGCCUCCUGGGCCAUUGGUGCUCACAGGAGCCUCACUCUGGGUGGGUCUGUCACUUAUCCACGGACCCUCCCAGGGGUGGGCAUCAUCCCGUCCAUGGAGGGCCCGAGUGGGGCAAGAGGCAGAGGAAAGGGCAGUCCUGCCUUUCCUGCUGCCUCUCUGCUGGAUCUGGAGCAUCCUGGCUCAUCACCUCCCGGCUCUCAGACCCCUGGACCUGGGCAAGUCACACCACUGGUCGUCCCAGGUCUCCAGGGGCAGAAGGUAGAUGAUGGCGCUUCUCAGUCUCCAUCAUGCCUGAGCCAAUUCCUCAUGACAAAUCUCUCCGUACCCUAUGGGUUCAGAUUCCCUGAGGACCCUGUAAUACAAGCCACACGAUCUUAUCAACUGAUGUAGAGAAGGUGUGUGACAAAACCCAGCACUUAUUCACGAUGAAAGAAAGUACCAGCAAGCUAGGAACAGAAGGCAUCCUGCAGCUUGAUAAAAGAACAUUCCACACGGUGGGAGACUGGAUGCUCUCCCCUGGAGAUCAGGAGCAAGACGAGGAGGCCCCUCUAUCCCACAAGAGCAAUCGGACAAGAAAAAGAAACAAGGCACAUAAAUCACAGAGGAACUGAAGCUAUCUCUAUUGCAGAUGAUGCAAUGCACAUGUCAGAAACUCCAAAGACCGCAAGCCCUCAGCCUGCAAAAGUCAGCUUCAUUGCUUUACACAAAGAACAACUUAUCCUAAAAGGAAAGCAAGAAGACAAUCCCAUUUGUGAUGGCAUCAAAAAUACUCAAGACUAAAUUAACCAGGAAGUGAAAAAUCUGUGCUCUGAUGAUUACAAAACUAAUGAAAGAAAUGGAAGAAGACAAAGAUCAGUGGAAAGAGACCCACCUUGAGUUGAUUUUUGUAGGAGGUGUGGGAUUUGAGUUUAAGUUAUUUUAUUGCAUAUGGUCAUCCAAUUCUUUAAUCCCAUUUGCUAAGUAAAUUCUCCAUUUUCCAUUGAAUUUUUUUGGCUCCUUUGUCAAAAAAAAUAAGUGGUCAUAUUUGUGUUAGUCUCGGCUCUCUGUUCUUUCUAGGUCUGUGAUCAUCUUUUUACUAAAACUGCACUGUCUUGA